UCUACUUCAGCGAUGUCUCUGCAUGUGGGAGCAUUUUUUUACUUCAGAAAAAGCACAAUGAUAAUGGUGUAGAUAUCACUUCACAUCAGUCCUGCGAUUAAACAAUCGUGAAGUAUGGAGCGCUCCAGUCAGUUCAAGCCGACUCCUGCGCUCUACGGAGGGCUGCUGAAUAUUUCAACAAACGACACAAAUGUGAACUACACAUCUAAAGCCGAGGAGAAAGACGCAAAUCUUGUUUUCCAGGCAGGUCUGGCAGUAACCUUAUCCGUUAUAACUUUCGCCACAACAUUAUCGAAUGCGUUCGUCAUAGCAACAAUUUAUCAGUCCAGAAAGCUGCACACUCCGGCGAACUUCCUUAUUGCUUCGCUGGCAGUCACCGACCUUUUAGUGUCGAUUUUGGUGAUGCCCAUAAGCGCACUGUACACGGUAAGCCACACAUGGACUUUGGGGCAAAUUAUAUGUGACAUUUGGUUAUCUUCUGAUAUCACGUGCUGCACCGCAUCAAUUCUUCACCUGUGCGUAAUUGCCUUGGAUCGUUACUGGGCUAUAACGGAUGCAGUAGAGUACUCCAAAAAGCGCACCCCGGCGCGCGCAGCGGGAAUGAUUGCUACCGCCUGGGUGAUCGCUAUCUCAAUUUCAUUGCCGCCCUUGUUUUGGCGUCAGGUCAAAGCGGGGGAGUUGACCAGCUGCAGUGUGAACACUGACCACAUUUUCUACACUAUCUACUCAACCUUUGGGGCUUUCUACAUACCCACCCUGCUGCUCAUAGUCCUCUACGGUAGGAUCUACGUGGAAGCCAGAAAACGCAUCUUGAAACAGUCGCCCAAAAAGGCAGGGAAAAGACUUACUUCAGCGCACUUGAUCACAAACUCACCGGGAUCCGUGGCUUCUACAACGUCUCUGAACUACGGGACAACCGAAACCUCCUCGUGCGACACCGGCUCCUCGGCUAGCGCAAACCCGGUCAAAGUGACCGUGUCUGACGCACUUUUGGAAAAGAAGCGCAUCUCCGCUGCCAGGGAGAGAAAGGCGACUAAAACUUUGGGAAUAAUACUGGGCGCCUAUAUUAUAUGUUGGCUGCCCUUCUUCAUUUACACGCUAUUAGUGCCUAUCUGUACGAGUUGCACUUUCCAUCCCGAAUUGUUUGACAUCUUCACCUGGCUAGGCUACCUUAACUCUUUAAUCAAUCCAAUCAUUUACACGAUGUCUAAUGAAGACUUCAAAAAGGCUUUCCACAAACUCAUACGUUUCAGGUGUUGUAGAUCAUGAGAUAUUCCCAUUUUGUGGGUAUG